AUGUAUUUAACGGCCGAAACGGAUUUCGGGCUCAAUAUGCUCCGGAAUGGGCCCGUCAACGACUCGCUAGUCGUCAAACAGUUCAAAAUAGAGAAGAAAUAUGAGCACGAUAUUCAAAAAAAUCUUCACGCCAAAGUGGAAGCUCUGGAUUUUGCCGAAGCAAAGCACUCGGCUAAGGUUAUUGACGACUUCAUAAGUAAAACAACUGAAGGAAAAAUUCGGAACAUGGUCAAUGAACAAAGUGUUCAAGGUGCUUCCUCACUCAUUGUCAACGCCAUCUAUUUUACGGCAAAAUGGGAGGUCGAAUUCGCCAAACGAUCCAGUUCAAAUGGAACAUUUUACAGCGCCACAGGAAGCGAAAGAAAGGUGGAAUACCUGAAUGCUCACGAUGUUGAACGGUUAUACGCUGAAGACAGCGACCUUCAGUUGCUUUCCUUCGUUAUAGGGACCCUUCUUUCGCUUUCAACAUCUUUCUACCGAAAACGAAGUUUGGUCUCAACUCCCUUCGUUCGAUGCUUACAGGAGAAAGGAUUCAGAAGCUGUUUUCUGAGUUGGAAUACACCCCGGUUACGGUACCAUCAUUUACAUCAAGAGUUUCUGAAUGUACUCUGA